CUAAUAGUGUGGCGGGUAAAGUGCAAACAGUCGACUACAGCGGCUGAAUACAUCAUUGUGCACAACACAUAGAGUGAACAUGAAGCGAUAGCUCCAUGGGCUGUCGGACACGACACGGCCUCAGAUGUGCUGUACGUGACACAUAGGCCUGGACACACAUCUGCUUCUUUCUUUAUCAAUGGUUGCGGCGAUUGUAGAAUCCAUUCCGAAGUGAUAAGUGCACUACAACAAGCACGUAUGACAACCAAGUCCAUCGGAUUUGUUGACACUUUUGCAGUAUUUGUGAUGUAUAUGGUGGUCUAAUUCCGUCAAUUAUGAGAGCUUGAUAUGAGCAACAAUCAUAAAGCAAAAUCAUGGAGAAUUCCGAUAUUUCGCAGGAAGAUCUCAUUCCAGACAGUGGGCCAGGAACCAGUACAGCUGCCUACGAAGAGUCAGACAUCUCAAUAGCUAAAUCUCAGAUCAAGGGAGGGUCGUUGUUGUAUGACCGACUUCUGACUCUGACAGAUACAGAAAAAUCAGAACAUCACACUGGAGCCGACUUGGAAAGUCGUCACAUAGAGUGCAAAAAUGGCAGACUAUCUAGAACUGAAGUGGAUAGGGACCGAUGCAAUAACGCCGUGGAAUCAGGACGUGACCAACCUACGACACCCUCAACGAUGGAAGAAGGAAUACCGGAAAUGUUUCCACGCGAUGCUGACGUACUUCCUACCGCCAUUUUGGUGACAUGUUGUUGCCCAGUUUGUGGUUUUAUGGCCAUUUUAAGGGCUAAACAAGCAAGGCGUUUCCGUCAAGAAGGAAAGUAUUAUGCAUCAGCACAGGUUACCGAGGCAUCUACCUGGUGGGCGUGGUCUGCUGCCCUCUCUGGCUGUUUCAUCUUAUUUGGGCUCACUCUCUCUAUCAUGAUAUUUCUCGUGAUGAUGUAUGCAUAGCCCUGCUUACAAUCAACGUCGAAGGCACUUGUUGCUACAAGUAUUUGUUUAUCCACUUGCACAAACCCUUAUUUGUCUGGGCCUAAUUUAGUUCCUGUUUCAGUCCAGAACGAUAUUGAAACCCUUGCAACUCGUUAUGGAUAUUUCUGACAGAGCAAUUACCUUGUAGGUUUCGACGGAUCUUAUCUGUUUUUGAAUCAAGACAAGGCCAAUGCUGACUACUAAUUAAUGUCUGUCACACAUUAUGAUAUGAAGCGAAUUGAGGCGCAUAAGCGUGGAUUAUCUUGAUUCUAAGACCUUCCUUUAGUUCAUUCAGCGACACAAGCCACCACACGACAAAUCACUGUCAGCAACACGUGACAUACAAACGAUCACCAGACGAAUCGCUAUAUUGGCUGGUGCUUGUGGCGUUAUUCAGUAAUCACCCAUUUGAAAUUAUGAAGUAUCAAUAACAAGUAGUUCCGUUGUAAUGAACCCGUCCUGAAGUGUUUUUAUAUCUUCUCCGUAUUAAAAUUUGAAGUUUGAAAUAUGAAUAAAUUUUCGACUCUUUAUCUGUUACUAAUA